AUGUCGCAACCAGCCUCCCCAUACCCUACACAGUCCUCCUUCUACUCAACACCUCCAAUCAUGAACUCCUCCAUUAAUCCCGACACACCUCCUCCUCCACCUCCUAAACCUAGCAGCCAUGAAGCCAGCCGACGAGGUACCCCUCAGAACAUCACCUCCAUGCCGGCGCCGCAGCAACCACAGCCAGGCUACCGACCCGAUCCCCAUUCAACAAUGAACCAGCAAGCACAAUAUCAAGCCGAUAUCUCACCACAAUCUCUACCCGCCCCUCCUUCAGUCGAAGAAAGUUGGCUACCAGACAUCGUAAAGGACAAAUCAACAACCGACCUCCAAUCAAUCCUCCAAAACCCAUCCCUCAUCUCUGCCCUCUCAGCCCAACACCCCUCCCACACAACCCGCCAACAAAACCUCGAAUCCUUCCUCCAAGUAAACAAAGACCUAUCAACCCGCCUCCUCGAGCUACAAACGCACGUCUCUGAUCUACGCAGCCAAACGGAAACAAUGCUCCUAACACACCAAUCUCUCGAAGUCUCCUGGCGCAAGAAGCAGACGGAGAUGGACGCUGCGCUGGCCCCGUGGUCACCCAAGGCCUUGUAUCAACGGCUCAGUGCGGCGAUUGCGGAGCAGGAGGCGGUUUGUCGGGCGGUGGAGGAGAGUUUCUUGGAUGAGGAUCAUCAUGGUCGGGCGACGGAGAAGGAGAUUACGGAUUGGGUGAGGAGGGUUAGGGGGAGGCGUCUAAGUUGGCGGCGAGGAAGGAGGCUAAGGCGCGUUGGGAUGAAGGGAGGGUUGGUGGGUGGCGGUGAUUGGUGA